AUGCCGCUCUUCCGCCAUCGCAAGCGCUCCGCGCCGGGAAACCCACCGGACCUCCCAGCGAAGCAACUUCCGCCACCGCCGUCUUUUCCUCCCGACGUCAGGCCACGCACAUCUGCGGUGUCCACCCUCGGUCGUCCUCGCACAAACGAUGCCGAAACGAGACGGGAGAUCGCCAGCGCGUUCCGCGCCGUCAACGAUACCAGUCGCGGCCCUCUCCCUGGCCCGCAAAACGAGAUGCUGCUGAGCAUCCAGAACAAAGCUGUCACCGGACUUGGGAUGCUGUCGACCUCGAUGUCCACGGCCGCUUACAAUACCACCACUACUGGUGCCCACAAUACUACUGUGUCUACGCCGGCAGCGGGGAAGAGCGUGGUCACAGCGAGGCUCGCAGACGAUGACCAGCUCCAGAAUGUCCGCGACGGGAUCAGCAAGCUCAGCGAGUCCCUACCAACGAUCGUGAAGGCGCUCGAAGACGUGUCCAAGAUCCAUCCGUUCAUUGCCGGUGCGGCUGGCCGUUAUGCGUUCAAGGUCGUCAUCGAGCUGAACCUCAAGCGCGCAGACAACGACCGCAAGAUCGGUGUCCUUUUCGGCCAGAUGCGCGACACGAUGGAGGCCCUUCUCCAACUGCGCACGAUCAGGGACGAAGACUCCAAAGGCCCUGGCGGCGUCACGAUCAAAGCCCGCCUCCAGAACCUCGUCAUCCAGACCGCAACGGACAUCAAAGCCUGCGCCAACGUCUGCGACACCUACCUCAAGACCCGCUCCGUCGUCAAGGUCAUCAUGUCCGGCUCCUGGGACGACACGCUGCGCGGGCACAUCGACCUCUUCAUCGAGCGCCGGCGCGAGUUCAUGUUCGCGCUCGCGAUGCACACCGGCAAGGGCGUCGACCGCGCGAACCGCAAGCUCGACGUGCUCGAGGCGAAGCUCGACGCCGUGCUCGAGUACUUCCAGAAGGCGACCACCCCGGAACAGCUGGAGCUGGCGGCGAUCGUCGCGAAGCGCGGGGGGCCGGAGAAGGUCAUGCAGGACGACGCGAUCCUGCAGGAGCUCCUGUACUACAACGUGGGGCCGGACAGCGAUGCGGCGAAGGGCGCCGGGCGGGACGGCGAAACAGAGGCGGAGGAGCUGGCGCUCGUGUUCGAUCGCAAGUUCCGCAUCCAGCAGCGCGAACUGAUGGAGGAGGUGCGGCGCGCGGUGCACCACGAAGGAGACCGGGUGAUCGCGGCUAUGAAUGCGGGGGCGCACGACCGCAUCUUUGACCCGGAAAUUCAUGCUAUCUGGAAGGAAAUGAGUUGGCCCGGACAUGUCAAGUCGCGACAUUUUGUUCUCGCGCUGCGCGACUACUACCGCCAGAUCAUCAUGGACAAGAAGCGCAGAGCACGCACCGAGCUAACAUGGAUACCCAAGGGCGCGAGUCGCCAGUUUGUUACCGCCCUUCGCGAUCGGUACCGUGCCCAGGUCGAGCACCGCAUGAAGCGCCAGCAGGGCGACGACCCCGCCCGGGUGAGCGACCAAGAUGAGUGGGCACUCGAGUGGAUCAACAUGAACCGGCUGCAAGCGAUCGCAGAGGCGUUCGACGACGACGCGAGCGGCUUCGUGACCAUAGCAGAGGUCAACACUUUCACGUCUUCGAGGCCGAAAGAGUGGAGUCUUCCGCAUUGGCUCGCGUACUGGGCGAUUGGCUGGCAGAUCGCGUCGACGCGCUACCGCGACGAGGUCGUCGAGAUGGGCUCGAAGAUGUUCGCCAUCCGCUCACAGAUACACCCCGCGAACCGCUCGGCGGUCGACAAGUACUUGCGAUUGGUUUGGAAGCGUGUUUGCACGCUUACCUCGUCCCUCGCGACGACGUACCAGUCCGAGGCACUAGACGAGCGGUUCAAGUCUUACGUCGACGGGGAAGAGCAGCGGCUCCGGGAGGGUCUGGAGACUGCCAAGUACAAAAUCGACGAGGUUGAAACACUUGCACUUAUCACAGGUCCUGGAAGGAUCGAGCAGUUCAUCAUGCCUCUUCUGUACCUUCUCAUGCGACGGGACUUUGAGAUAUUCCGCAUCGCUCGCAACACUCUCAUCGACGAAAAGGAGCUCGAAGAUUCCGCGAUCAGCAUGCUCUCUCUGUUUGAUGCCGUGGACGAGCGGCAUGAUGAUCUCUCAGCACUCUUUGUCCAGCAACGACUGGAUCCCGGAAAUCAAUUCAAGACGUAUUCGUGCGAACUGUUCGAUUACUGGCAUGACAGCUCUAAGUUCUGGUCUCUAGAGAACCUUCGCAAACUUCGGUUCACCGAGCGGCCGUAUGACGAAGAGGAGGAGAAGCACACAGUCGCUGUCAGCGAACCGCUGAACUACCCCAUAGCCACCGAUGGUUUGUACGCCGUCGUUGAGGAUGACAUCAUGCCAACUCCAGACGAUGUGCUCAACAGGGUCCUCGGUCGCUGGAAUGGGUUCAUUGGCGAACGUCGAUGGCCGACAUGCCCAAUCCUCACCCUCGUCUUCAAGCCGUCCGGAAGCGUCGAAAGCCCGAGCUUCGAGGCUUCCGGCACCGAUGCGCAAGGACAGGCGUACACGGUCGUCGGCGCGUAUGAGAUCGAGGAGGUCGAGGGGGCGACUUUCGUGCGCUACUCAUUCACGCAGACGUACCCGGCAACGGACGACCACGACGAGAGGCUUCUCUACUUCCGCGGGCGGCUCGACGAGGACGCGAUCCUCCUCGCGCGGCCGUCUCUCAACUCCUACAAGGCGAACCGUACGCGUGCGCUCUGGCGGUACGCGCUCAUGGCGUCGCUCGACGAGGCACGCAGACGACUCUUCUCGUGGUCGUACAUCAGGCAGCGGCGCCAUGCGAGGCUCGAGUACCUCGACAUCUUGCGACACCAGGCGGACGGCUCGACGUCGGACGCAGACAAGCGGGCGCUCUCUGCGCUGUACCGCCGGCUGACGCCUGACGACAUCCGGGCCUGCUUUGCGCGCGAGCAGCUGCGCCAAACGCCGUCCAAUCCGCUCAUCGGGGAGUUCCCGUGCGACGUCUGCAACGAGGAGAUCAUCGGCGCCUGGCUCGUCUGCCUCUCCUGCGGCGCCCGCACCACCAUCAACCUGCACGACGCGCCCUCCUGCGCCGGCGCCGUCGUCCUCCCGAAGCACCGCGACGACCUCAAGACGCCCCACGUGCCGACGCACGACCUCGUCAAGAUCCGCGCGAACCUGCACUACCACCGCGAGAUCGGGCGCGUGCUCCGCGCGGCGGCGGCCGGGCUCGAGUACGCGCGCGGGCUGCUCUUCGGUGGCACGGGCGCGGGCAAGGGCGCGCGCGCGAGCCGCAGCGACACGCUCGAGAGCGCGGUGCUCCGCCGGCGCGCGACGGGGAAGCGCAAGUCGCGGUUCGACGGGGACUUUGGCGACGGCCUGCUCGAGGAGCGCAAGGCGGCGACGCCGACGUGUGUGUCGUGUCACGCGCCGGCGGCGGUGCCGUGCUGGUUCUGUGUUGACUGUCCUGUGGAGUCGAACGUGUUCGUGUGCGGGGAGUGCGACGAGAACAAGGGCGGGUGCGACGUGGACGAGCACCUCGCGACGCAUACCCUGGUGCGCUGCACGGAAUCGCUCGGAGAUGCGGGUGAGGCGAAGACGGCGGAGGAACGGCUGACGUCGGUAGAGGGCCAGCUCAUUGCGCUGACCGUGCAGAUGGACAGGAUCGAAAAGGUGCUGAUGACGCUUGCUGGCACGCGCUCGACUUGA